GGCUGACUUUGGCCAAGGGGCUCCUAACUCGGCAAAGGGAGUCCCACGGAUGGCGGAGUCUCCACGUGACAGGAGCGCCUAUAUAGAAAAAGCUUCAAUGCAUUGGGACCAGUAGCGGUACUUAACCUUAACGGGUCGCAGAUGCCGACGAUUCAACACUGCUUGAUGUUACAUCCACACUGAAGAUCAAAUAAAGGCAGACUUAACCAUAGGUUGUCAUAAACUGAGACCUCUUAAAUACUGGACGAGAAUUCUUUAAAAAAAAUCAAGUGGAGCGCAGGUAGGAUGCAAUCAUAGUAAAGAGGUUUUUAAAGAAGAAUUGAAGGUUAUCGGAACAGGGCAUCGAAGACUGUGAGAUAACUUCUCUUACAUGAGGGAUGCUGAAUAUCCUGAUCCCGCCGUGGGUUUCUGAAGGAACUUAACUUCUUUGAAGUGUACAUGUCUACCAUUCAUGCAGCUCCCAAAAAGGAUAAUUUGGUCUGAGACAGUCCGGACGUGCGAAGCCGACUCCGCCGCCGUUCGUCUAAUGUGUGACACACUGGGAUCAAGACUCCUCUCCAAACUUUUACAUUGUUUUUCGGAGCAAGCUGUCCGCUGCAGACACGUAUUGAGGGAAUAGGUAGCGGCAUCGUUACUGGGAACGCGGCUACCAGGCACCGGUCCUUCUAAUUCAAGUCGGAAGAAGCGCUUUCCAUACGGCCGCCCAGAUGCAGUUCCGACUGUUCUCCUUUGCCCUUGUCGUCCUGAACUGUAUGGAGUACAGUCACUGUCAGUCGCACCGCUGGAAACGAAACAAGCGAGCUAGCUAUGGCGCGUACCCCAUCUGCAAAGGCUGCUCCGUCUGCUCCAAGGACAAUGGCUGCCUCACCUGUCAACCCAAGCUGUUCCUUUUCCUGCGGAGAGAGGGCAUGAGGCAGUACGGCGAGUGUCUCCACGCCUGCCCAGCUGGCUACUACGGCCUUCGUGCCCCCGACUUCAACAUCUGCUCCAGAUGCAGGAUCGAGAACUGUGAGUCCUGUUUCAGCAAAGACUUCUGCACCAAGUGCAAACCCGGAUUUUACUUGCACAAGGGCCGCUGUCUUGAAGGCUGCCCAGAAGGCUUCGCGCCCCUGGAGGACAGAAUGGAAUGUGGAGAGGGUUGUGAGGUGGGCCAGUGGAGUGAGUGGGGAACGUGCGCCCGCAGGAACAAGACUUGCGGCUUCAAAUGGGGCCUGGAGACCCGGACGCGGCACAUCGUGAAGAAGCCGCCCAAGGACACGAUACCAUGUCCAACAAUCGCCGAGUCACGGAGGUGCAAGCUGGUGAUGAGGCACUGCAGAGGGUCGGGAAAACAGCGGUCCAGAGAACCAAAGAAAAAGUCAGAGAAGCAGAGGCUCCGGGUUCGAGCGCAGAACCAGCACAGCGACCACCUGGCCACCAUCCGGGCAGGCCAGUGAGGACUGACACCUCCCAGAAAAAAAGUGCACAAAAGCUGCUAACUGCUACUCCAUACACGCCCUGCCCCUC